AAUACUACACGUUUGCUUUCACAAACCAACAAUCUUUACACAUCGGCACUUUCCUUCCUUCCGUCGCCGGCGAUGGCAUGGUUUCAAUCAUCAAAUCCGAGAGUCCAGUUACCGGCCCAAGCCCAAACCCGGCCGGUCCUUGACAAUGACGAACGUAUCGCUAACGACGACGAAGAUGCUGAAAGUUUGAAGCUGAGGCCCACGGAUAGCAACGUCACGGAAGAUCAAAAUCGAGAUCCUUUCAUGGGAGUAAAGGUCCGUAGAAAAGCUUCCUUUCAUAGAAAUUACAUCGGCGAUUACCUUGACGUGCCUUCUCGACCGUAUCUCAUGAAGAUUCUAGAAAAACAAGGUGACAAGAAAGUUCUCUUUGCAGACAAAGUUUUGAAGUUCACAAGUACAGGGAAGAUGAAGCGGCGGAUUCUCCUUAUAACUGAUUUUGCUGUUUACAUUGUGGACCCAGACAUUGAUGCACUUAAAAGGCGGAUUUCCCUGGCAGCCGUUGAAAAGCUCUGUUUGAGUGAACUAAGUGAUAAUUUCUUAGCAAUUAUUAUCCCGACUGAAUAUGAUCUACUGAUAGCCAGUACUCGGAAGACAGAAAUUGUAUCUGUCUUAGUAGACGCUACAAGGAGUCAAUCUGACUACGAACUUGAGGUACUACUCUCUAAUAGAUUUGAGUACAAUGCAACUUCCGAACUAGUAAAAGAAAUUGACUUUGAGGAAACUGAAGAGGGUGCGAGAACAAGAAUUGUACGAAAGUGAUUCCACCUUUACAGUGGCAGUCUGACAACAUUGACUGCUAGCGUGCCUGCAACCUCCACCUUGCCAUUCCCAAGGAGGAAUCAGCUUGUAUCAUUUCAUGUAUAAAGGUGAUUAUCUUUCUAUUAAGAAUUGGACCGAUUAUAUUGACUUUUUCAUCACGUUCUUUUGAUUGCUCUUGUUUAUGCCAGCCUAUUCAUUUACGUGGCUCAUUGCCUUCAUGUUAAUUUUCAAACUCUUCUUUUAUUUCUUUUUGUUUAAGUGCAAUUUUCCUGAUAUUGUUAGCAUGAGAUGCUUGGUGGCAUAUAUCAUAAAAAACUUUGGCAUCCA